CUCUCUUUCGACUAAUUUUGAUCAAGACAUUUUGUUGUUUACAUUUUUGAAAAUCGAAAUUUCGAAAUUCCCACGUCUGAUCGAUGACGUAACGAGACUAUUCUCACGCACGGACCAUGACUGCGACCGCGAGGCUAGCUCGCAAUCUCGAAUUUCACUUUGGGCCACCUUCAGAACCCAUACCUAUAGCGGAGUUUGCCUCUUUCAACAUUCCUCAGCACGAUUUUGUUAGUAGUGCGGGUACGGACGAUUUCAGUGUAAGCGAUAUUCGUGAUGCUGUCGGGAAAGUCUGGGACAAUCCAGAGUUAUCUGCAUAUAUCCUCAAGAAGCAUAAUUCUACUGUAGAUGCUUUAUAUGCUACCCAAAGCACAACCAAAACUCGUCGCAAAACUCAGAAUGCUAUGGACAGUGAUGAGGAAGAUUCGUCGGCAAUACUUGAGUGGAACAAGGCACUUCAGACUAUUCAUCUCUCCAGCUACCCUCUUUGUCCAGAAGCUUCUCUUUUCGUAAGGCCGCCCAAGAAUUCAGAUCAGAAUGCCCUUAACAAACGUAAACCUUCCGACUCGAAUGAUAGCGCCUCUUUGGCCGAUGAGGGUUGUGCAAUCAUUACCGUCACAAUAUACACUAAGGGAUCCAGUACCACCAUGCGGACAUCUCAGCACGCACUUCUCUCUUCGCAGGCAUUGGGUGAUAUCAUCGAGAUGAUGCCUUGCGCGUCGAACGACCUUCCCAAGGAAAUAGUGUCGCAUAGACCCAGGGAUCAGAGUACUCAAGCCGCCAAAGCAAGUUCUGGUUAUGUGGUAUGCAUCGGUGAUGUUCUUUAUGGUGACGGUAUGGAUGAAAUUGAUUAUGCCGACAAAAUGCUCCAGCAUCUCGCAACGCACUCAUUGAAACACCGCUCACUGACUAAGGCGUCGGAGUCCAUGCACGAUAUUAUCCUGAGCUCUCUUUCUCUUCGUAUCAACGAACCGUAUUGGAUUUUGCAUCAAGGAAAUUGCGAACACUUUUUCGUAGUUGAUCAAAUCAGACUGAAGAAUGUCUCAGAUCCAACGUCUGGAUAUCCUUUCACUUUGCAGCUGACGCCGAUAUCUCUAGAUUUGUGUCGAGCAUGCUACAGAAUACCCGCAAUUUGGUCUAUUGUAGGUGAUCUGCGAUUGGGGGAAAGCCCCUGCAUAUUAUGUGGAACUUGCUGGGAGAGCAUGGGAGAACCAGACGAUGGGGUUGUAGUGGUACCAUUUCCUAAGUAUGAACUGGGUUGGUAGUUGGUCAAUUGGAAAUUCCGGUUCACUGGCCCGGGUCGUUGUUUGUAUCUGUGAUAUAUAUAUGCCAUAG